GGAAACCAUGUAACCAACGACGAAGUGGUUGGAUUAUUCGCGGCCUGGCGGAUUGUUUCAUGUUAGGAAACGUAACGUUACAAAUUAUUUAUUCCUCCUUGGACGGAUUAUUACACUAGCGCGAACCCACUACAAAGUCGCCGUCAUAUGAAACGGUCUACAAAGAUGAAAGCUCUGGACUAGAGUCCGGUUUGACAGGAAGAAGACAAACAGGAAAUAAUUGCGAGUGGCCAUGGACUACUCCAACUACAGCAACCUGAGCAGGGCUCAGCUUACCUUUGAGUACCUGCACACAAAUUCGACAACUCAUGAGUUUUUAUUUGGAGCUUUGGCAGAGCUUGUGGACAAUUCAAGAGAUGCCAAUGCCACGCGAAUAGACAUCUACACAGAAAAAAGGCCAGAGCUGCGGGGCGGCUACAUGCUCUGUUUUCUGGAUGACGGUAUUGGAAUGGACCCUAAUGAGGCAACCCAUGUUAUUCAGUUUGGAAAGUCAAACAAACGGUCCCCUGAGUCCACUCAGAUCGGCCAGUAUGGAAACGGACUGAAAUCCGGCUCUAUGCGUAUCGGGAAAGACUUCAUCUUGUUCACAAAAAAGGACAACACGCUGACUUGCCUUUUCCUGUCAAGGACUUUCCACGAAGAGGAGGGACUGGAUGAGGUGAUAGUGCCCCUCCCCUCCUGGGAUCUGAAGACCAAAGAGCCGCUGACCUCUGACCCAGAGAAGUAUGCCAUAGAGACAGAGCUGAUCUUCAAAUACUCACCUUUUAAAAAUGAACAGCAGUUGAUGGAGCAGUUCAACAAAAUAGAAAGUAGCAGUGGUACUCUUGUGAUCAUCUAUAAUCUGAAGCUGAUGGACAACAGAGAACCAGAGCUGGAUGUAGAGACGGAUCACCAAGACAUACUGAUGGCUGGGACACUUGUUGAAGGAGUGAAGCCAGAGAAGAGGUCGUUCAGGGCGUACGCUGCUGUUUUGUACAUCGACCCACGCAUGAGAAUUUUUAUCCAGGGACAUAAAGUCAGGACCAAGAGACUGUCCUGCUGUCUAUAUAAACCAAGGGUUUAUAAAUACACAUCAACUCGUUUCAAAACCCGUGCUGAGCAAGAAGUGAAGAAAGCAGAUCACCUUGCUAAGAUUGCGGAAGAGAAAGCCAGAGAGGCAGAGAGUAAGCGCAUGGCAUUGGAGGCAAGAUUAGGAGAGGAUCUGUCCAAAGAUUCACGGGCAAUUCUGAGAAAGGUUCAAGAUUCAGCCAUGAUGCUUCGACGGGAUGCUGACAUGAAGAAAAGGAUUCUCGAAUCCAAACAAAAAGCGUUAAAGGAGCCCAAGGAGUUGAAUUUUAUAUUUGGAGUGAACAUUGAACAGAGGGACCUGGAUGGGAUGUUUGUGUACAACUGCUCUCGUCUCAUCAAGAUGUACGAGAAGACCGGGCCCCAGCUGGAGGGAGGCAUGGCAUGUGGAGGUGUGGUUGGAGUAGUGGAUGUCCCAUAUUUAGUUCUAGAGCCUACUCACAACAAACAGGACUUUGCAGAUGCUAAGGAGUAUCGACAUUUAUUGAAAUCCAUGGGGGAACAUUUAGCUCAGUACUGGAAGGACAGUAACAUUGCUCAGAAAGGCAUAGUGAAGUUCUGGGAUGAGUUUGGAUAUCUGUCUGCCAGCUGGUCUGCACCUCCGUCAUCAGAGCCGAGAUACAAGAGACGUCGCGCCAUGGAGAUACCACUUACUAUUCAGUGUGAUAAAUGUUUAAAGUGGAGAACGCUGCCAUUCCAGAUGGAUGCUGUGGACAAACGCUACCCAGACAGUUGGGUGUGUCUCAUGAACCCCGACAGCAACCAAGACAGGUGUGAUGCUACUGAACAGAAGCAGAAUUUGCCAUGUGGUGUUCUGAAGAAAGACAAGCAGACAGCUGAAGACAAACAGAAGGAGCUGGCAGAGAAAAUCAAACAACAGCAGGAGAAACUAGAGGCCUUGCAGAAAACCAGCACCAUCAAAUCUACAGCAGAUGUAAAGAAGCUACCACUGGAGGUCAGCAUGAAACCAACAGAGAGCUCCUCUCAGGCAACUAGGUCUUCUGAAAGGUCCACAACACGUCCCCGCUCCCCACCGCUCCCAGCUCACCUCAAAAAUGCACAGAGUGCCCCUCCAUCUCGUGCAGCUUCCCAGCGCCCCACCCGAACACCUGCCACUCCACCUCCGCCACCCAAAGUCGAACUAUCCAGGUCCAGAGCUGCAGCAAAGCCUCUUGCAGCAAAGCCUCCUGUAGCAAAGCCUGUGCCCAAAGCUACUGCCAAAACACCCCCACCCAGCCGCAGUUCACGGACACCUGUCAAAGCAUCAACAGCCAAACCAGCAGCUGCUGGACAACGCAAGAGAAUCAUAGUGCAGGAAGACAGUGAGGAGGAGGAGGAAGAAGAAGAAGAAGAAGAGCAGGAGGAGGAGGAGAGUGAGGAGGAGAGUGAAGAAGAAGAACCACAGACAAAGAAAUCCAAGAUGGCCGCAGCAGCUGGUAACCGUGGGAAAGUGGUAGAGAAGGCCCCACCUCCCAAAUGUGACAAGUUGGACGAGGUGAAAACAAACCCACAGCCUGAGAAGAAAGGGGUUUCUACUCCUACACGGCAGACACCAACCACACCAACCUCUGUCCCUAAAUCCAUUUCCAUGCAACAGCAUGGAGCUAAAGCAAAGGCAUCUGAGAAAUCUCCACAGCAGGAACCAGAGAACAACACUAAAAAUGCUCAGAAAGAUAAGGGUCUGCUGGUUGAAGUACGUGUCAACAAGGAGUGGUACACAGGCAAAGUCAUUGCUGUGGAGGUGAAUAAACAGAGUGUUCGCUGGAAAGUGAAGUUUGACUAUGUACCUAGAUCCACCCCUAAAGAUCGUUGGGUUUUUAAGGGUAGCGAUGAUGUCCGGUUGAUGCGGCCGCCAUCUCCAAUCUCUCAGACACCUGACACCCAACAGGAGACCGAGAAGGGGCCGGCACCCAUGGAGCCAGACACUACUCAACCAGGAACCAGUCGAGAGGUGACUGAUAGUCUGGUCACCAUGUUGAGGACAAUGCUGCGUUACUUCUUCCCUCCUGCUUUUCGGAUUCCAAAGGACGAUGUUAACAGUAUGACGGCUGAGGAGUUGGUGGCCUUUCCUUUGAAAGAGUAUUUCCAGCAGUAUGAAUCAGGUCUUCAGUCGUUGUGUAACUCGUACCAGAGCAGAGCUGAUGCCAGGGCCAAAGCUGUGGAAGAGAAGAGCAACAGCACUGAGGUCAAACUGAAGGAGGCAGACGAAAAACUACAGAAACUACGAACAAACAUUGUAGCACUCCUGCAAAAAGUACAAGAGGACAUUGACAUAAACACAGAUGAUGAGCUUGAUGCUUACAUAGAGGACCUCCUUACUAAGGGCGAUUAAAGAAGACAGACAAGAGAAAUAUAAAAGAGAAGAGGACGUGCAGACUGUAGACGGGCAGUUUUUCUUCCAGCCAUUAUGCUGAUGACGGCUCCCCAAGGACUCAUGCUUAUGUGCAGAGUUGGCUGUGAUUAUUUUUGGGAAAUUUUCAUUGUUGAUCCCUCCACUUGUUAAAUCAGAUAGUCGUAAGUUUGAGCUUUGAUUUUGAUCGUUCCAGCAUUUAGUCAGCACCGGUGCGCUCUGAGUUUGGGCAGAUGCUCAGGUGUUUCUACAUGGUUGGGUAGCCUCCUGGCCUGUGGUUCUCUCUUUAGUCCUUUUUAUAUACCUGCUUAUAUAUGUUAAUCUAUGUUUAAGCCAUCCUAUCCUGAUUAACCUUUGAAAUAAUUUGUGUAGGUUUAAUACAAUUUAUGCUCCCUUUAUAUAGUCAACUAAUGCUGUGACAGACUACAUUUGUUCCUCGUUUUGGUCCAUCGUCAGGUGAGAAUUGGACACAGCAAGUGACUCCAGACUUGGACUUGAUUGGGUGAUGCUCUGCACUGCAGCCUGUACUUAAACAUUAGCUUUUAUUUUUGUACACUAAAAACAAAUCAGUGUUGCCCAUUACCUUCCUCCAUCCUGGUCUGACGAGCAAACCAGGUUAAUAUUUUACGGUUGGGUGGUGUAGCACACCCACAAACAAGAACUACUUACUGGGUUUUAUCAGUAUGAUUAUUCCCUUAUACCCCUCCUGAGUUUAAGCUAUGACUGUUCUGUGUUUAUUUUUGGAAGGAAAAAAAAUCUCAUUUAAAUGCAAAAGUUAUGUGUUCAUAAAUAUUCUGUGCCUGUGUCCUUACUUUUGAACAGAUUUUUAACAUGUCAUGGAAAUGUUUUAUUAAACGGUGCAUGCUUUCAGUCUUUUUGUUCUGAUUGGAACAAAGGAUUCUGUAUUUUUGACAAAUCUUUACUUAGAACAAUAAAACAGGUUCAGCAACA